CUCUGUCUCUCUCAAUUAAGGAAAGAAUGAUAGCGUUUCUGGAGCGAUUCCUACCUGAGAAUGAUACGGGAGCGAACCCAGAAGAUGAAGAUACAACAAAUAUAAGCCUAUGCUCAAGCCUUGAGCUUCAGGGUAGUGUUGAUUUCACUUCUACAGCUCCCGCCGGCAAGGAUUUCGGGGGUAUCUACCACACCAAACCACUCGCAGUCAUCAAACCAGUCAGCCCAGAAGACAUAGCUCGAGUGAUCAAAGCUGCUUCUCUUUCCUCGAAUCUCACCGUCGCCGCCAGAGGUAAUGGCCAUUCCAUCAAGGGCCAAGCCAUGGCCGAUAAAGGCCUCGUUAUAGACAUGAGGUCUAUGGAUAAUCUAAUCCACGUGGCAAACUCCGGCGGUGGCUCUUCAGCUUGCGUAGACGUCGGAGGAGGGGUAUUAUGGGAAGAUGUACUCAGCCACUGCGUGCUUGGGUUUGGGUUAACUCCCAGGUCUUGGACCGACUACCUCGGGUUAACGGUCGGCGGCACUUUAUCUAACGCCGGCGUAAGUGGCCAAGCUUUCCGUUAUGGUCCUCAGACGUCAAACGUGACGGAGUUAGAGGUGGUGACCGGUAAAGGAGAAACUCUGGUUUGUUCUGAGACCCAGAACCCAGAACUGUUUUUUGGGGUUCUUGGUGGACUGGGUCAGUUCGGAAUCAUUACCAGAGCUAGAAUUUUGCUUCAGAAAGCUCCAGACAUGGUAAGGUGGAUAAGAGUGGUGUACACCGAGUUUGAAGAGUUUGCGAGAGAUGCCGAGUUUUUGGUGAGUCAGGAAAGAGAAGGGGAAUCGUUCGACUACGUAGAAGGGUAUGCUUUCGUCAACAACGAUGAUCCGUUUAACGGGUGGCCGACGGUGCCGUUACAAAUGGACCAACGGUUUGACCCGAGUUGUAUUCCACCAACCGCUGGACCCGUUCUUUAUUGCCUUGAGUUGGCGUUACACCACCACCACCACCACCACCACCACCGCCACCACCAUAAUAGCCAAGAACAAGACCAGUCCAUUUCUCUGGAUAAGGUGGUAGACCAGAUGCUGCGACAGUUGCGUUAUUGUAGGAAUCUAAGGUUCGAGGUGAACAUCGGCUACAUGGAAUUUCUAUUACGAGUGAAGCAGGUGGAGCAAGCAGCCAAGGCCAGUGGCAUUUGGGACACUCCUCACCCUUGGUUAACCCUCUUCGUCUCCAACCGUGACAUCCUUGAUUUCGAUCGUCUUGUCUUCAAGAACAUUCUUAGGCACGGCGUCGGUGGGCCUAUGCUCGUCUACCCUCUUCGUAGAAGCAAGUGGGAUAGUAGAACAUCGGUGGUGUUGCCGGAAGGACGGGAAGAAGAGAUAUUCUACCUAAUUGGAUUGCUGAGGUUCAACCAUAGAGGGAGAGGAGAUGGUGUGGAAGAAGAGGUAGCACAGAAUGAAGAGAUAGUGAGGAGUUGCAGGGAGAAGGGCUUGGAUUUCAAGCAAUACCUUCCACAUUACACAAUUCAGGAUGAAUGGAAGAGACACUUUGGCAAGCAGUGGCCUAGAUUCGUCGAGAGGAAGGCCCGUUUUGAUCCUCUUGCCCUUCUCUCCCCUGGCCACUCCAUUUUCUCAAGGAUCUCCCCACAAGGAUAGCUCCAAUCUCUCUCUAUAUAUGUAUGAUCCAUCAUCUAUCC